AUGACCUCCCCAGGUGUAACCCCCGACACGGAGCUCGACAUGAAAGACGUGGAGCUCAACGAGAUGGAGACCGAGAAGCAGCCCAUGAACGCCUCUUCCCCGCUGGCCAGCUCGCCGGGCAGCCUGGGCGAGAAGAACGGGGUCGUGAAGGUGAAGGUGGCCGAGGAGGAGGAGGAGGAAAGCGCCAUGGUGGCCAAGUUCACUGGUCUCUCCAAGGAAGAGCUGCUCAAGGUGGCCGGCACCCCCACGUGGGUGCGCACCCGCUGGGCACUCCUCAUCCUCUUCUGGCUGGGCUGGCUGGGCAUGCUGGCGGGGGCCGUCGUCAUCAUCGUCCAGGCCCCCCGUUGCAAGGACCUGCCCAAGCAGGAGUGGUGGCAGAAAGGCGGCAUCUACCGCAUCCAGGACGUGGCAGGCUUCCAGGACUCUGGGGACGACAACGUGGGCGACCUGGCAGGUGGGUGCUGCAAGCGGGGGAUGUGGGGGUCUCUCCUCCCCACAAGUCCUAGCUAUUCCUUUGCAGGAGAGGGCAGCGGCUCAAGAAUAAAAGCCUUGCACUCAGAAGGUCUCUGGUUCAAUUCCCAGCGUCUCCAGGUAGGGCUGGGAGAGACCUCUGGGAAGCUGCUGCCAGUCAGUGUAGACAGCACUAAGCUGGAUAGACCCAGUGGUCUAACUCAGUAGCAGCCAGCUUCCUAUGCUCUUAAGGACACUCUAUUUGAAGGGUUGUGGCUCAGCAUCGGAACAUCUCAGGUGGGUGAGUGAGAUAUCAUCGUUUCCAGAUUCCCAGCUUUCCAAAAAAAGAGCAAGUAUCUAGCAUUUGUAGAACCCGAGACAUGAGACAACAAGUAUGAGCACUAUUUUUAUUUUUGUGUGUUCAGAAACUAACCUGAUCCCCCCCCCCACCUGCUUAGAAAAUUUAUUGCGGACUUGUAGGUCCAGAUUUCCUAGUAGUAAUGUGAUGUAAUUAAUGGGCACAGUGCUUGUGUGAAUGCCAGUCAAGGACUCUUCCCUUUUCACUCCAGCCUUGAAUGCCUGGGAGCGGGGUGGGGGGUGGGACCCAUCAUGAAUAUCUGCCCUCCAAGCUAGUUAACAGGGUGUUGUUGCUCAGAAGUAACUGAUCUGCUGUAAACAAAACUUGAGAAGGUUCCUGGAAUAUAACCCGGGACCUAUGCUUGCCUGCCCUUAAUGCACCCUGCCUAUUCCUCUCCACUGUAGUCAAAACGACUAUUUUUCAAUGCAGAGUUGCUGGCUAAAGUCAUUGCAGGCAAGUCCCGCAAUGAGGCUUCUAUGGCUCUGAAAAUCGCCUCCUGGGCAGUUCAGGAUCUCCCUAUUGGGCUUUUCUUGCUGUGCUCAGCAGUGCUCUGAGUACAUGUGAUUAGCAGCUGCCUCUCCACCCCCCCUUCCCCUUUGCUGGCUGCCCAUCCACAGACUGGUACCAGCCAGACUUCCCUGUGCCAAGCAGCCGGUUCUAUCCGGCUUUGAAGCAACCACUGGCCUUUGUUUCAUCAGUUCUUGACGUCAGCGGGACGCUGACUCAGCACGGAGGCGGCUGGCUGGGUAAACGAUUCGCAGGGCUCCACUUCCUUCCUUUCCUCCACUGUCUCAAUCUGACCCCGCUUCCUCUGGAGAUCAGGCAGAUAGAGCCUCGUGGCUGGUUGUGUGAACCUGUGUCCUUAUUUGCUCAGCUCUAAGUGCAUUUGGGGGUUGGGGGGCAUCCAAAGCUCAGGAAGGGCUUAUUUUCUCCCUCACAAACAUCCCUUUGAGUUUGGAAGUUUGUUCCCGGGCUAGUUAUUAAUUAGUAUGAUUUGUAAUAAAUAGAAUAAAUAAGCAAAACUGGGCUGGGAGCAGACUUCCUAUUACAUUUAGAUUCUUCAUUAUUAUUAUUAUUUAUUAUUACCAAAGUUUAUAUAUUGUCCUUCAUCUGUAGAUCUCAGGGCAGUUCACAACAUAAAAUUACAAUAUAAAAAUAAGAACAAAAACAAACCAAUUAAACCAAAUAGUGGUACCAUUCUGCUCUUCCGUGGCCAGACCACACCUGGAGUCCUGUGUCCAGUUCUGGGCACCACAGCUUAAGGAUGAUAUUAGCAAGCUGGAACAUGUGCAGAGGAGGGCAACCAAGAUGAUCAUGGGUCUGGAAACCAAGCCUUAUUAGGAACACUUGAGGGAAUUGGGCGUGUUUAGUCUGGUAAAGAGGAGACCGAGAGGAGAUAUGAGAGCCAUUUUCAAGGCCCUCAGGGUGGCAUGCAUUGUUUCUCUGGUUUCUGUUUUUAUCAACACAACAAAUCUGUGAGGUAGCUGAGGCAGAGACACUGCGACUGGCCCCUCAAGGUCACCCACUGAGUCCCAUUCCUGAGUGGGAAUUUACCGUAUUUUUUGCACCAUAACACUCACUUUUUUCCUCCAAGAAAAUAAGGGGAAAUGUCUGUGCAUGUUAUGGAGGGAAUGCCUACGGGUGGCAUGCCUACGGAUUUUCCUCCUCUAAAAACUACAUGCGUGUUAUGGUCGGGUGCGUGUUAUAGAGCGAAAAAUACAGUACCCUGUUCUCCCAGGGUCUCAAUCCAUCACUCUUAAGGUAGCAUACAUGUCUUUUUCUCUUCCUCAAGUUUACCCUCACAGCUUCCCUGUGAGGUAGGUUAGACUGAGGGACUGCCUGGCCACCCACUAAACUCCAUGGCACAGUAAUAAUUUGAACCCGGGUCUCCCAGUGGUCCUCUAAAGGUAAAGGUAAAGGGACCCCUGACCAUCAGGUCCAGUCGUGGGUGACUCUGGGGUUGCGGCGCUCAUCUUGCUUUACUGGCUGAGGGAGCCAGCGUAUAGUCCUCUAUAAUGCCUCUAAUAGUCCUCCUCCUCCUCCUCCUCCUCCUCCUCCUCCUCCUCCUCCUCAGCCCUGUUAAAUUCCCUGGCCUUUUAAAUCUUAACAACAGAAAGUUCCAAAUUGACACUAAGGAGGACUUGGGAAACCAUUGUAUAAACUAUUGGCUCAUAUAAUUUUCAAGUUUGUCUCUACAGCACUGAGGGCUGGAAGGCUCUAUUGGAUUGACUGAUUGAUUGAUUGAUUGAUUGAUUGAUUGAUUUACUGAUUGAUUUACUCAUUAUGUUUCCGUCGCACACAACUGCUGUGCUCUGUUGCAGACUGUGAAGCAAACUAAGAAACUGCACUUAAGUAUGGCUUCCUUGCUCUGUGCAAACUGGGAACCGUGGCUAGUGUCUUCCAAACAAGCUAUGAUUUGUGUAAGCCAAUGUUUCCCAGUUUGGAUGUAACAGGAAAAUAUGGUUCCUGGCUUGAGUCCCUGCUCACACAAAAGGAGGGGCAAAGUUCGUGCCAAGGAGCCACAGUGUGCAUGCAUAUUCUGGCUUGUAAAGUCAGGAUUUGAUCCUCCAAACUCGGCUUGUUAAGUCUAUGGCCAUAGUCUGUGGCCAUAGUUGGGCUGUUAACUCCGCUGGCUGAGUCCUACAUCAUCUUUGGAGCUAGAAUUGAGCAGGGGAUCAACUCUCUUGCUGCACUGGCAGCCCAACCUUUAUUCCCCCCCCCCCCAUAACACCUUUGUUUCUUCCUGUCACUCCAGGUCUGAAGCAGCAAAUUGAUUAUUUAAGUAAACUCAAAGUGAAAGGUUUGGUGAUUGGGCCUCUCCACGUCAAUCCUGAAAAUGACCAGGCCGGAACCAACCUCAAGGACAUCGACAAAAGAUAUGGGACGCUGGAUGAGUUCCGGGAAGUCCUGCAGGUGGCAAAGAAAAAAAGUAAGGGCCAAGCGUAACCACAAUGGCGACUAGCCCUUGCUCUGCCUCUGAAUUCCAGUUCCUGGGAAUCGCAAGGGAGGAGAGGUGCUGUUGUGCUCAAAUCCUGCUUGGUGGCUUCCUGUUAAGGCACCUGUUUGGCCACUGUGACAACAGGAUUCUGGGCUUUGGCCUGAUCCAUCAGCCAGGAUCUUGCUCUUAUAUCCCUGGCUGCAGUGCCGGCAAGAGGUCUCUGCAGAAGUUCUAGGAGUCACCUUUCUGACUUGUGAUGUGCCUUGCCUCUCUCUUUCAGGCUUGAAGGUGGUUUUGGAUCUGACCCCCAACUAUCGCAGCCAGUCGCCUUGGUUCAGCCAGGAGAUCAGUCUUAACAAGGAUUUGCAGGACAAAAUGAAGGUGAGGGAGGAAAAGCACACAGUGGAGCAUUGGGAAGCUCUUAAGGUUGCCACCUUUUUUGGGUGGGGAUGGGGAGGAAUUUCUUUACACCUGUGCCUGGGUAUCACAGGUGAGGAGAGUUGCUGCUUGCUUGCCCACCCCCCAGAGCUCAGGUUCCCCCCAUCUGAUUUAUAGAAUUAUUAUUAUUAUUAUUAUUAUUUAUUUAUUAAUAUGCCACCCAUCUGACUGGGUUGUCCCAGCCACUCUGGGCAGCUUCCAACAAAUGAUAUAAAAACGCAGUAAGGCACCAAACAUUAAGCAAAGUGGGAGGGCAGCUUACGCCGUGUGCUGGCUCUUCUCCACUUUCCUGCUUCAAAGUGGAUAAAAUCACUGCAGUUGCGGCAGAGGAUCCGUGGCUCCCUUCCCGGUGUGUGGAUGCUGCUUUUAAGUGUAAUUUAGUGCAACAUUUGAUUCAGAAUAUUUUUUUGUGUGUUUUCCUCCUCUAAAAACUAGGUGCGCCCUAUGGUCAGGUGCGCCCUAUGGUGCGAAAAAUACGGUAAACAUCAUAGAAUUGUAGCAUUGGAAAGGGACCCCAAGGGUCAUCUAGUCCAACCCCCUGCAAUGCAGGACUAUGCAGGUGGCCCAUAUAGGGUUUGAACCUGCGACCUUGGCAUUAUCAGCACCACGCUCUGACCAACAGAGCUAACUGGUUUGAGUCUAAAUACUUUAGAUCAAAUUUAAAAACUAAACAAACCUGUAAUUUGUCACAUAUGCCCGUCUCUCAAGCAACUUGGGGCAGUGCACAUAGCAUUACUGGCCUUGCAACAAUCCCGUAAGGUAGGCUGAAAUAGCAGCCUGCCUGGUUGAGGGAGCGGACUGAGCAAUGGCCUCCUUAACGUGAAACAACACUUGUUCCUUAUAGCAGGUGGGCCAAAAUAAAACUAAAUUCACCAACGGCUAAUGAGCAGGGACUGAGAAGGAGGAAUCAACCAACACAACAGGAUUUGGGAUCUUUUUUUAGUGACCCUUGAGGACUAACUGCUUGUCUGGUCCUGUUUUUUUCUUCCCAGGAAGCAAUUACGUUCUGGCUGGAGGAAGGUGUCUCUGGGAUCCAGAUUGGGGGCAUUGAGCAUUUAAAUGUACGUGGUGAGCCCAUCCCAACCAAUCUCCAUUGAUUCAUCCUUCUCCCUCAGGGCACGAGCGCUUAAGGGACAAAGUGAAUUCCCUUCUGAGCUGGUAUUAAAGAGCGGUGGCCUCCUCUUGUCAGAUAUAUGGAGGUUGUUUUUUUCUUACAGGGGGAGGGACUUUUGGGUUGUACAGAGUGGAAGCUCAGUGGCAGGAUAUCUGCUUUGCAUGCAGAAGGUCAGAGUAGUUAUAAGGCCACUUCCUGCAUUCCUUCCUGUUUGGGAUAGUGGUUGUGGGGUGGAGCUUGAAGUUCCUGCCCUCAGCGUGCAUCUAUCUCACUUGCCGAACAUGUUAUUUCCUCAGGACACCCAAAUCCUGAGUGAGUGGAAGAACCUGACAGAAGAAUACAGUGUGGACGACCACACCAGGUAGGUACCACCCCCUAAGAUGCACAGCUUCCUAUUCUGAUCCCCUCCUCCUCCUUUAAGCUCCCAAGCUGUACUGCAUACACAUAGUGACUUACAUAAGAAAAGAAAAUCAAGCUGAUAAAUCUGUGCCAAAGCAAACUAUCCUUCUGCCAUUUCCACCCCUUGCGCCCCAUUUUCUCUUAACUUUUAAAAUUCUGCUUUUUGCUAAUAAUGAGUGAAGACAGGGGUGCCAAUUUGAAUAAAAUAUUGGGGUGCCCAAGUAAGCCCUGCCCUGCAUAAUUGAUCACGUGAUGUGGUGCACGGACACCAUUUGAAUGGCAAUCCUCAUCAACUUUGAGGGGGUCUGGUCCCCUCAAAUAUUUUACUGGGGCUGCCGAAGAUCCCUCAGCUCCUAGGAGUUGGUACCUAUGAGUGAGGACUAAGAUGCCAUACAGGGCGCUGGAAAAGCCCCAGUGCCUUCUGAGCUUCUACUGAAGACAUGACAACCCCAGGCCUAUUUGAUCCAUAUUCCAUUUAAAAAACAAAAAGCAAAAAAACCCCAGCUUCUAAACAUGGUGUAGUUGUUGGAUUAUGACCUGGAAGAAAAAUCAAGGUUCAAAUCCCCACUCAGCCAUGAAGCUCAUGGGGUGAUCUUGGACCAGUCACUGUCUCUCAGCCUAACCUACCUCGCAAGGUUGUUGUGCAGACAAAAUGGGGAGGCCCAAGUAUGCUGCCUUGAGCUCAUUGGAGGAAACAAGAAUCAAAAUAUACCUAUAUAAUAGAAAUAAGAAAGCACAGUAAAAUCAAUUGUGCUGUGCUUGGCCCAGGGCUUGUGUCACCUUGAUGUCACUCAGCUGCCUCCCAUGGUGGUCUUUCAUUUGAGCCAUCUCUCAGCGGUGGCUGGUGCCUAUUGGCUGGUGGGGCAGAAGCAGGAGGCGUAGCCAGAGCCAAUCACAGGCACAGCCACCUAAUUCUAGUUUUGCCCUUCCUGCUGAUUUCUACAAGGGCAACACUGAGACUGAGGAGGAGGAAGCUGAGAGGCAGGGCCACCCCCAUCCCAGACUGGUUGUAGGCAGGAAAGCAGGCAGGUGGGGGUUGGCUGAGGGCAGACUGAGAUCGAUGGGGCAAGUGCGGCACUUGUCCUAAUGAACCAGCCUCCACUGAUCUCCAUCUCUCUCUCUGCUCCUCCUUUCAGGGUGCUCAUUGCAGUGACACGCAGGCAGGAUGCCGAGGGCAUCUUCUCCCUCCUCAACGAGACCACAGGCGUGGAUCUGCUGAGCAGCCAGUACCUCCUGGGGCUGGUGAAAGGCGGCCAAGAAGACAGCACACGAGGGGAAGCAGCCGCCAAGAUGAUACGCCAGUACAUCCAAGAAGCUGGAGACAAGUGGCCCAGUUGGAGUGUGAGUGACAGCCUUGGAACCAGACUCUGUGGUUGCGUCUGCAUACGUGUGUGUUUGUGUGCGAAAGAGAGCAAGGGGAGUGGUUGGCCGCCGUUUGUGGCCUGUGUGUGGUUGGAAGCAGUCUUGUGCAGAUGGCGAGGGCAGCUGGGUACACUUGCCCCAGCCCUCAAAGGGCUAAGCUGGCUGGGGGCCCCCACCAGGGAGUGGCUGCUUUUUUGCUUGAGUUUACAGUGUUAUUAUUACAAAACUCUCACCCCCAGGCCUCAGACAAGCCAGUUGCCUGCCCUGCUUGCAUUUGCCUCGCGGAAUUUCAACCAUCGGCCCUUCAGCCACAUAUGGCUGAAAUCGCGUGAGUUAAAUGCAAGGGCACCACGGGUGAAUUGAAGGUGAGCAGGCAGAGGAAGGAGGGAGAUUUGCAGGCAUAGACCACACAGCUGCUGCUGCUGCUGCUGCUCCAAUGGCCCCAUUCUAACUCAAGCUUGUUUGGAUGCUGACUGACUGUCCUCCUCCUGCAGGUGGGAAGACCUGACAUUGGCCACUUGGCCUCUCCGAUGGGCGAGCCUCUCCUUCGCCUCUUCCACCUGCUGCUCUACACGCUGCCAGGGACGCCCUUCACGGACUACGGAGAUGAGAUCGGGCUGCGGGACCUGCCGGGACAGGUAGGGGUGCGACGUCAGGGUCUGGGUGCUUUGCUGACGGGUGGAGGGGCAGAUAUGGUGGGGUAGAGUGUGUACGUUGCAGGCAGGUUCAGUUCUCUGCGUCUCUGGGUAGGGCUGGCAAUUUCCCCCCACCUGAAACCCUGGAGAGCUGCUGCCAGUCAUUGUAGAUAAUACUGAGCUCAAUGGACCCAACGGUUUGACUCUGUAUAAGGCAACACCCUGUAGUUCUAAGUAAGAUGCAAGCACUAGUCUGUGCAAGGAACCUGCAUGUCCUUUGCUUCAGGCAGCAAGGUCUGUUUGGUCUCUUGUUUUGCAAAGGGUGCGUGGGAGCAGGAAGGGUCAAUGAGGCUGAGGAGAUACAGCAGCGGAGGCAAGUUUUUGGUGGUUCUUUCUGGUGGUUUCAGGAAGCUAGAUGGGCCAAUGGUCUGAUUCUAUACAAGGCAGCCCAGUGGAAAGGCAUCUGCAUUUUCAUCAGCCAUAGGCAUGUAAAUGUGGGUACACUAUUUUUGAAGAUUGGAGAGAAACCAGAGUAAGUGCUUGUUGUGGGGGGAGCAUUGAAAGGUGCCAGGAGCUUUAAUGCCCCCCACAGACGUGAAGGAGAGGCAUUCCUUGGCCCCUGCUGCUGGAUAACCCAGUUCUUGCCAAAGGAUUGUAGUUUUCACUUUAUGAAAACAAAACUCUUGGCAGCACAACAUUGCGAAGGGGCCUGCUGUUUCCGGAGUUCCCAUGGUUCCUAGCAGGAGGUGCACAAACAACAGCCAGCUGCUCUGUGGGCGGAUGCUCAAGCAGCAAUAUCUAUUUGUUGGACCAUUUUAAGGCUUGCUCUGGGUGCAGGGAGCAGAUCCUGAGUCUGUAACAUGCUGGAGCUGGCGAAAUACCUGCAAGGGCAGGGAUGGGGAACUGUGGUCCUUCAGAUGUUGCUGAACACCCAGCUCUCAUCAGCCCCAACCAGCAGGGCCGAUGGUCAGGGAGGGCGUGAGUUACAGUCCAGCAUGUGGAAGGCCACAGGGUUCGCCUUCUGUUCUGGACACAUGUCUCAGCCAAUCAGGGAUCACAUAUUAAAUGCACUUACAGAAGGGUAAAUCAGAGAUAAGGGUCCUGUGCCCAUCAGCCCUGGUCAGCUUGGCUGAUGGUCAGGGAUUUUGGGAGUUGUAAUCUGUGGGGCACAGAUUCCCCCUCUCUUUCUUAGGGGAUCAGAUCUGGCCCGGUGGUAUCCUCCCCACCACAUAAAAAGAACCCUGCUGGAUCAUGCCAAAAUCCCAUCUGGUCUAGCAUUCUCUUCUUAAGCAGCCCAACCAGAUUCUCUUAUGGAAAGCUCUCAAGCAGUUCCUGAGCGCAGCUGUAAUACUCUCCCCAGGUUUGAUUCCCAGAUACUGCCUUUCACAAUGGAUGGAGAACAUAGCCGUCAUAUUCCAUCCCACAUCACAUGCAGAAAUGCAAACUCUUGUGUUUUUAUAGUGUGUCAAGCCUCCCAGGGGCAGAAUGGAAUCUGAGCAAAUUAAAUGGACAACAACGUUACUUAUAUUUGCAUUGUGGUUUUGGGACUUGGAAAUUCAGAUUUCUUCCUGCAAAACACUGGUGGUGGUGGUGGUGGUGGUGGUGGUGGUUUUUAAGGUGCUGCAAUGGGUCGUGUGUGAUGGGUCUUGUCUUUUUCUGACACCCCCCCCAAGUUACAGCCAUGCUAAUAGUAAGUUCUUUUCUCCCUCCAGCCUGCAGCCUCCAGUGUCAUUCGUAUGCAGUGGGAUAAUUCAGCAAACUUUGGCUUCUCGAAAGCAAAUCAGCAGCAGGUUAACACAGCAGCCAGCAAUGUCACUGUACAGGUGAGUUGCAGAAAUGAUGGGAGAAAUGUGGGUGGUUCUUGCCAGUAAUUUGCAAAUUAUAUGAGGACACAUGCCAGCAUGUCACAAAUAAAUAUAUCCCCAAAAUACUCGGCUUAAUGCCAACCAAAACUCCACCUAGCCUAGCAUCCUGCUUCUAACUGUGGUCAGCCAGAUGCUCCCAUGAAGCUCACCAGCAGGGCAUGAAGGCAACAGCCCUCUCUUGUCAUAGGAACAUCAGAAAGACUGCCUUGUAUUGAGUCAGGUCAUUGGUCCAUCUGGCUUUGUAUUGCCCACACUGACUGGCAGCAGCUCUUCAGGUUUCGAGGCAUGCGGCAUCCCCAGCCCUCCUGCAGGGGCUGGGGAUUGAACCUAGGUGCAAGGCAGUCUCCUCUGUUCCCAUUCUUCUCCAGACAAAGUCCAGCCAGAUAACUCAGGAGCCAAGCCCCGUGUAGUAUAGACCACUGGUGCCAGUUAGGUCAUUUUUAGACUCUGGACUUAACAGUCCAGCAUGGAGGGCCUCUGGUGCUGAUGUCUGCCCAUGCCUUCACUUACCUCAAAACUGGGAAAAACUGGCCCUGCUGUGUUUGGGAACUCCCUCUUGCUCAUUCUGCUGAAUUGGGGCCCUGGACUUCUGCCUGAAAGGCCUCCCUUGCAGGCACCAUCGAGCGGGAGAGCUUUCCCUUGCUGCUUGCCCCCAGUAUCUGGUAGGCAGAGGCUUAGGCCGCAUACACACCAUACAUUUAAAGCACAUUCACCUUCCUCCCUGCAAUAAUCCUGGGAACUGGUUUAACACACACACAGAGCUACAAUUCCCAGCAGUACCCCUAGCAAACUGCAGUUCCCAGGAUUUUUGUUUGCUUGUACUUUAAGUUUAUGGUGUGUAUGCAGCCUUAAUCUCUAAGCAGUUUUUAUAUUUUUAACGCCAGUAACGCUAGAAGUGGUUAAUGAAUAACUUUCCCCUUGUCUCUGUCCUCUCUUUCUUCCCCUACCCCUUCUGCACAAUCCCUGCAGUCACAGAACAGCGACCCGGCUUCGGUCUUGUCGUUCUUCAAGCAGGUGAGCGAGCUGCGGGGGAAGGAGCGCUCCCUCCUUCACGGCGAAUACACAGAGGCUGAAACCAGCAACCCGAGUGUCUUUGCCUACCUGCGGGUCUGGGACCAGAACAAGCGCUACCUAGUGGUCCUCAACUUUGCUCCCAGGGACCAGACCAUCUCCAUAGUGACGUCCCCUCCCCUCCCAGACCAAGUCACAGUGGAGCUCAGCACGCAGCCCACGGAGGAGAAGAAACAGCUGAGUGUACGGGAACUCAGGCUGGCUCCCUCGGAAGGGCUCCUGCUCAGUUUCCCAUAUGUGGCCUAG